UCUAUUCAGUUUCCAUUUUUGCCGAUACUAGUCCAUCACAUCUUCUUAAUAGUUGUGAAAUUGAAACCAGUUCUCAAACUGUUUCCUAGGCAGUUUAUGCUGUUGUAAAAUUAGUUGUUACUUCUUACUUUUGCAAAAAUGGUUCUCAAGCCAGUUCUGAUUGUUGCAAAACUAGUUCUUAAGUUAUUAAAACCUAUUUUUGCAUCGGAUCUCAGGAAAACUGGUUCCUAAACUUAUGGAUCUUAAGUUAAUUUUGUUUGUAGAUUUGAAUAGUUUUAAACUGGUUUUCAAACAAGUUCAAAACCAGUUCAGAAACAUUUCGCAAGAUAAGAACUGGUUCAUGGAAUCAUAUAACUGUUCGGUAUGGUUUAUAUUGGAUGCAACUGCAGAAGAAAGCAGAUAUGGAAUGUGUGGUUCAGGGAAUUAUUGAGACACAGCAUGUUGAGGCCCUUGAGAUUCUUCUUCAGGGGCUAUGUGGUGUUCAAAGAGAACGAUUGAGGAUCCAUGAAAUAUGUCUCAAGAACGGUCCAAAUCUCGGUCUAGUAGCAUCUGAGGUUCGACUUUUAUGUGAUCUAGAGCAAACUGAACCCUCAUGGACUGUUAGACAUAUAGGUGGUGCAAUGAGGGGUGCUGGUGCUGAGCAAAUCUCCGUUCUGGUUAGGACAAUGGUGGAAAGCAAAGUGAGCAAGAAUGUACUUCGUAUGUUCUAUACACUUGGCUACAAGUUAGACCAUGAGCUGCUAAGGGUGGGAUUUUCCUUCCAGUUCAAUCGGGGGGCACAAAUCACUGUAACAGUUUCAUCCGUCAAUAAAAUGCUCAAGCUGCAUGCAACUGACGAGGCCGUGCCAGUAACACCUGGAAUACAGAUGGUUGAAGUGACAGCGCCUGCUUCUGCUGAAAACUAUACUGAAGUUGCUGCUGCUGUGUCAUCCUUUUGUGAAUACCUUGCCCCGCUUCUCCAUCUGUCCAAACCAGGCGUUUCAACUGGUGUUGUUCCUACUGCUGCUGCAGCUGCUGCAUCUCUAAUGUCUGAUGGUGGGGGUACAACUUUGUAGUGUGAUGCUAAUGUUAAUGUAUGCACAUAAACGCAUAACUUGAUGUAAUUAAAAUUCUGUUGCCCUACCAAUUUUUUCUCCAUGAUAAGACAAGAAGUUCUCAGUCGGAAAUGGUUAUUAUGUGGAAGACUUAAAUGAUAGAACGAUGUUAAUUGCUUAAUGAUUUAAUUAUUAUUGAAUUUAUGGAUAUGUAU